CGACAAUCCCGCGACCACACACCCGCCGACUUGGCCGCGAGGCGCAGACGUCGAGAAGCCGGAGCCAGGAAACGCACACAAGCGGUAGCGCCGACCGGGCCACAGCGAAAGCAGGAUGACACGCGUAUCGAGUUGGCUCGGGCCGGCCCUCGGCUUCUGGCUGCUGCUGCUUUGCGUCCAGGCUGUGCGGGCUGCCCCGGAGCGCAGGCACCACGGCGACGGCUCGUGCCGGGCGGCGGGCCUGUGCUGUCCCGGACGCGACGCGUCGUGCGUGGUGCGCAAGAUGAUGUCGCACUCGUCCAUCGGCGCCACCGGCGGACCCAACGCCCUGGUCGAGGAGCGAGACGAGCAGUCCUGCUACUGCGACCACGCCUGCAUGCAGCUCGGAGACUGCUGCCACGACUUCAAGGAGUCCUGCGGAGUGGCGGACUGCCGGAUGUCCGAGUGGGGCCCGUGGUCCGAGUGUGACACCGAGUGCGGAUCCGGAGGCAUGGGUCGCGAGCGCACCGUGCUGGAGCAGCCGCGGAAUGGGGGCCAGUCCUGCGGCGAGCUUCGCCAAAGGCGCGGUUGCUACGGCCACCGAUGCAACAGCAAGCCACAGGACAAGAUCCACAGAGAAACGGCACUGCUGCUUCCAGUGACGUUCUCUCCAUUGCGUUCUAUGAACGACUCGUACGACAUCCGACAGAACCUAAAGUACUUGCCCAAGAGUGAGCUGAGCAAGGAGAACAACACCACCGCGAAACCAUACGUGGUGCUGUUCGAGGUGACCAAGUCCCGGAAGGCCUGCGAGACCCUGGAAUCGUUCAGCGCGCUGCGCGAAGGCCAGCGCUUGUGCGUAUCCUGCGAGGUGACAGCCAUGCGUAAGCACCUGGGCCACCGCUGCACGGGACACGGCCUGGAUGACCGCACGUCGCGGUUCGCGGCCCUCGGCCACUUGCACUGCCACGGCCGCUGGCAGCGCAUCGAGCGCACCGACCGCUGUGCGGUAGGACGGCAGCCGGACUUCAUCUUCGUCUAGUCAGCUCCCCCCGCUUUCUCACUCCGAGGCAGAGCGGCACACAAAAGGCCGGCACAUGGGUAGCCUUUGAGCAACGCAGUGUUUUAGUGUUGUGUAUGUCUUUAUUGUGACAUUGCGCCGCCGCCAACAAGAUUUGACUCGUUGCCCAGUUGAAAAAGAUGACAGAGUGCGUCGCAAAAGCCAUCAGAAAAGUGCCCUUUCCCGAAGUUCAUUAAUGCCAAGAACAUGGCGAAUAGCGUCCGUUAAAAGAGCAAUUACUUGUCCGAAGUUUGGUCCGUUGCUUUUGCUUUGCGCAAUUAGCUAUGAUGGGAAAGAAUAUACGUACAGAUACAAGAAACCAAAAUGUACUACCAGCCCAUCAUCCAGGAUUUCGGCAGCGCGUGGGGCGGAAUAAGUUGGACAAUGUGAAAUGCGGGAAAGCCUGCUUGGCAUUCUUAUAAAGUUUCGGUUUCUUUCCCACCUCGAUCGUCUUUUGAGGACGACCAAAUUCUUUGUCACGUUAUGCCUCUUCGCAACAAAACUACAGUGUUCGACAGGGUGUACACUGUGGCGAUGACAGGAAGAGACCACACUGCAUAAAUUUCUCUAUUAAGAACAGUUGCACGUCGAAAAUUAUGGCAGAAUCUUUUUUCAGUAUAGAAAAAAAAAUGUGGACGGCAUUUCUAGCAGACGAGGAGAAAUGAAGUCUCGGUGUGCGAUAGAGGCGUCGCUAACUUGAAAGUCUCCGAAUGCGAAUUGCUGCCUGAAAGCAAUGCGCUUUGCGUUGUUCUCACAUCAUUUAUGCAAGUGAUUUGUUCGCUCGUUACAAACAGAUUCAAGGACAUGCUAUUGCUGACGCUGCUUUCGUGCGGUCGUGUAUUUGCUCCGGUGGCCAGUAGUGACAGACGACGACGGAGUGGCAACCUACGGAAUUUGUAGUCCUUCGGUAUUACGUAUGUGCUUGCAAAGUCUAAAGAGUGGGGUAGCGCAUUUCUUUUUUAGUCGGCUUUUUUGUGAGGGUUAAAAGUUGUGGGGCUACUGCCGACGUGCACUAAUACAGCGGGCUCACGAAGGUUGCCUAUAAGACUAAAUUUUAAUGAUACACGCAGAUCCGCUGUGCUCUAUAAUGGUUUUCAGCCUAUUUAUGCACCUGUCCUCAAUAGGCUGAGUUCUGCGUCUGUGUAUGCGUUAUUACAAUGAGUAGGAUUGCACGACGAAUAUCAUGGCACGAAGGAUGACCGCGAUGUUAUGAUGGCACAACAUAACUGUUGAAAAAGAUGUUAGGAUGAAAAUCGGUAAUGCCAGCUUUUUACAGGAUGCCGCGAUUUGGCGUAAUUUAUCGGGAUACAUUAGGAACAAUGUGAAGAUUUCUAACUUGCACAAGGUGCCAAUGCCACCGCGAACGACAUAGUUCUAACUCUAACAACAUUACCUCGCACUACCAUUACAACGCCCACGUUUUUGGAUAUGGGAGAAGCACAUAAAUGUCUUUUUUUUUCUUUUAGGAUAAGUCGUGUUUUCUCUUUGUACUGUUUGCAACUGUUUGUGCACACGCUAGUGCUUCUUUGGCAACACUUUAAGGAACACACCGUCAUGGAUUUUUAUUGCCACAGAGCAUCUGCAUGAGCGCAGCAUUUCAUUUGACCGCCCUCGUUAAUCACUAGACGACUGCCACUGAUUCGCAUUUAUGCGUACUUCAUUUUGUUUCUUCUUAUAUGACAUCGCAUUUUGGGCAAAUUUAGCUGACUCUUUUGGUGUAAGCGGGCAGCUGCUGUAUGCCGUUCGCAACAUAAGAUCGUGUCGACGUCGUAUUCUACAACGAAUAUUUUUCAACGUUCACCAAGCGUGCACCACGAGCUAUCAAGCCUACAUCAGAAAAACCAAAGCUGCAUUUAUGUGAGAGUAUUCAUCAUACGUUUUCCGCGUAGAGGCAUGUUUCUGGAAAAUAAUACUUUGCUGCCACAUGAUAUAAAGCAUUCGCUAAUGCGCAUCGCAUCUCCAAGUACUCAGACUCAAGCGUUCGUCUUAAGACAGUGCGGUUAGCUGCUUUGUUCCACACUUACGUAGGCGGCUGCGCAGGACAAUGCCAGGCAUUUCUCACCGCAGCAUUCAUAUCUUCCAUUUCUACUCACAAUGCAAUCUCGAAGGAAGUGUAAAUUCCUUCCAUCUAUUUUUUUUCACCUAAGCAUCUACGUAAAGGGUCAUUGAAACGAUCUGACUGCACCAGCAUCACACAUUUAUUAUGGAUAAAUUAUGCUUGGCUAAUAACUUUUGCAACCUAAGGUGUUUCGGAAGAUAUGUAGAAACGUAUUAUUCAAUCUCUGAUCUCGAUUUGUGUAGUCCGCGUGAAACUAGUUAUGGUGACGUUACUAAAGAAGAAAUCUACUGCCAUUGACGUUUCUCAGAAAUGCUUUCUAGUGCAACAUGAGCAGAACUUUGCUGCUUAGCGGUAUAAUUAGAUGCGUUAAACAUAAUCGACGACAAUUUCAGCUUCUAGUUUGCCUGGACCGGAAAGUGAUGGCACUGUCUGUCAGAAUCUUGAAUCUGCGAUAGUUUUACACAACAUGUUCUCAUGUUCCAUUCAACAUGCCACUUAUAGCAUCUUUUUACAUUUGUUGAUAGAAGGUAGGUCCUUAGGCUAGCGAGUGCGAAUAAAUAUUUUUUACCAUUUC